UCAUGAAUUACCUGAAAUGGUAUUACAAGCGAUUCCACCUGUUGACAAGAAAAAAGCCAAGUCAAGGAAGAAAAAACAAUUCUUUGAUGAGUCCUUGGUAUUCACAAAUGACUUCAUGGGAAAACAGCUUGAGGAUACUAGUAAAUUGGUGCGCAAACGCAAGAAACUCCCUGUGUCAGCUCUAAAUGUCUGGAGAUUCUACAAGAUCCGUCAAAUGGAGCAUAUCUUUCUUGAGCCUUAAUUUUCUGGAAUGUCUGCCGACCUUCAGGAAGUUUCAAGAAGACUUACACUGCUUCGGCAGUCGAUCCUAUUCCCACAGAAGCUCCUCCGGAGCCCAGGAAUGCAGAAUCUCCUUCUGGCAUGCCUGCCUCAGAUAUGGAAAUUGAACAUCCUCAGUUUCAGGAAGAUCACUUUGAUGGUCCUUUACCUGAAUUCAUGCCAUCUCCAUCUGGUAGAGAAGAAACAACACUGUUCCCUGCCAGCAAUUUGGGGUCAGUGUCUCAAUUAGGAAGGCCUCAGGGGACUGAACUACUGCCAACACUAGAAUUGUCAGGCUAUGCUGAUUCGGCUGACCCUGAGUCUCAAACACCUACGGUUCCUUCAGAAGAGAGACUACCUCUAUGGGACACUAGUCUCUCACAGAUACCAGAUUUGCUGAAUUCUGCAGAAUCACCGGUUCCUCGUCUAAGGGAACAACUAUCUGUAGGGGAAGCUGGUGUCCCUUGGAGUUCAAAUAUGCCGAGUUCUGCAGAAGCAGAAGAGCUAAAUUUUUUGGAAGCAGAUAACAGUAAUGCAGUCUGGUAA